AUGGCCGCAUAUAUAAGACAGCGACGUCUUGAUGCAUCGUCAGUGAAGAGGAAGGUCCUCUUGCAGCAUCUCGAGGCAGGUCCCAUCGCCAGCAUCUCAAGGAAGACGCCAGGAACCGCUAUGUGGUCAGCAGCGAUAGUGACCCUGCUGGUGGCGGCCGCGGCGUGUGCCUCCUCCUGGGAGCGCUCCCUCGAGAUGGAAGGACAGACGUCGGAGUUCCUUCCCUCCUUCCCGCAGUCGCCUUCGCUCCUCUCUUCCGCAGCGGAUCACAGCCUCCGCAAGCGCUCGAUCUUCGACCACUCUUGCACGGGCGUGUUCGACCGCGAGCUCAUCGGCAGGCUGAACCGCGUGUGCGACGACUGCUACAACGUCUUCCGCGACACCGACGUGGCCACCGGCUGCAGGAGCAACUGCUUCUACAACCGGAUGUUUCUGCAGUGCCUUGUGUACCUGUUUCCGCCCCGCUUCCGCAACCAGUACAAGGCCGCCGUCCAGAUGGUGGGCAAGUAGGCUGGUUUCUGAGAGCUGUUCUGUGGUUUCUCAGAGCUAGAAGGUGGUUUGUAGAGCCAGACGCCGGUUCAAGAAUUUUCUUUGAUGACUUUCGCCGCCAGAUGGUGAUGAAUUUCUUUCAUUAGUUUCCUUUGUAUUGUUUUGUAAACGUUUGAGAAGGAAGAAUAGCGUCGAGAUGUUCUUCACUGUGUAACUGACAAUUCACAAAUACAGAAGUAAAG